AUGAACCACGCUCCAUCCAGAAAUGCCCAGGAUUUAAUAGGCAUCCCUCAUCUAGGUUUUUCUGGAGCCUCCAGCCCAGCAGGGGGUCCUCACUCAGCGGACUCCCCCGCACCCGAAUUUCUGAGCUCCGUGGCAGACCUGGCCCCUUUGUCUCCUGCUCCCCCAGCCUCUGGAAGUCUUCUUCAGCUUCAUGGUGGAAGGCCCUCACUGUUGACGUUGGAAGUGGCUCCAAGUCUUGCAUCCACCCAGCCAACUGAAGCUGAGGUGGCUGAAGGAGCACAUAAUGGGGUGUCUCUGCCAACCUUGAAGAGUGCAGCAACCCAUGAGGCUGCGUCCUCACUGGUCCAGACUGCAGAGUCAGUGGCAGUGCGAAUGACCAGCCUGGAGGCAACCCGUGCUCCAGCAAAGAACUCUGCUUACCCCCUGCGUGUGUCAGCAACCCCAGAGAAUUCCAAAGGGCCCACUCUUUCAGCAGAACACAAAUCUUCUCCUUUGGUGCCUUCUCCUCUGCCUCUCACUACAGCUGGCCAAGGACAACAAGGUCCUUCUGGGGCAGUUCCCACAUCCCCAUCAAAUGGCACAACAGCAGGCUUCCCCUCCACGCCUGCCCCGCUCCAGCUGGCACAGAGUCAUGUCUCUCCAUCCGCUGUGCCCCAAGUGCCAACUCCUCAAGAAGCAGGUGGUGAUGGGUCCCCUCCCACAGCAGCUGCAGACCUCCUCCUCUUAAGCACAUUUCCUCAUCGUCCUUCCAUGACCUGGACAUUUCCCCUGCAGAAGGAAGGUAACAUGGCAGCUGUUUUAAAGAAAAACGAAAAGGCAAAUUUGACAGUUGCUCUCCAGACCCUUCUGAGUAAAGAGAGUCUAAGUCUUCAUGCUGUAGGUGGAUUCACCUCUGAUUUCAGCACUGAUCAUGUCUCUACAGACAUGACACCACCAGGAUCCAGCCUCCUUCCUUCUGAAUUACCUCCAUCUUCCAUCCCCUUCGCACGAGCUACCCAGACUGUGUCCCCAUCUCGAAGUUUUUCCAGGACCAAGCCAGUGACUUACGCAGCUGUGACAGACCAUUCUGAGUUGCCAGUUUUGGCUUCCAAACAGGUGACAGCUUUUCCCUCCUCCAGUGAGGUCUAUGAUUUCUCAACAAUGGGAGGCAUGAGGAAGCCAGCAACCACAGAUGUUUUCUGGAGUUCUGUUGCAGCAGAAGCUGAGUCCCUUUCCACAGAACCCAUGAUGUCUAGCUGGCUGCAGCAAACAAAUUAUGAUGUAAAUGGGCACACAGUUAACUCCACAAGUUGGGAAACUCACCCAGCUCCAGCCACUUCUCCUGGUGGGUUAAAUUCCACUGCCAAUACAAUAAAAUCUCAGGACUUCAAAGAUAAUGUUGGGCAUUCAGUGACUGUGGAAGGUUUUAGCAUCCAGGAUCCAGGGUCUGGUCUGAGCACCAACCAGUCCAUCCAACAGUCAGAUGUUACGGUUGGAAACCAUAUAGACUUCUUGUCCAUAAACACUAACAACUACACCAGAGACGUCCAAACAGCUGAGAUUGGAGAUUACCCACAUAUAAGCCAACAAGCUGUGUCUCAUCCCCAUCUACAGUCACCUGCCCAUCCAACACACCCACUUGUGCUGAGCUCUCCAAGUCUGACUUCCACAGCUCGCUUGCCAGAAAUGCUUUCAGAUGAAGUGGAUACAAGUUUUCAAAUUGCCGAUGACAUCUAUCCAUCUCCGGUGAUAAAUGCUUCCCCACCAUUCCAGGAUAUCCUGAGAUUUCACUCUCCUGCUGAAUCGCCUGCUCUGUCAACCAGUGCCUUAUUCAGGACCCCAUCCAAAGCACCGUGGGUUUCUCAGCACCCCGAGAAAUGGACAGUGGACUCCUCAGUGGUGCCCAAGGCAGAGCCGACAGCAGCAGCAGCAGCAACCACAUUGUUUCUUCGGAAAUCAAGUCCACUGGUGCUGUCUGCAGCCCUGGUUGCUAAGGGCACCGGCAGCAGCCCUUCGGCCAUGGCCUCGGGAUUAGCCAAGAGCAGCUGGACCACUGCUCUAGCUAAAAACAUCACGAGCAGUGCAGCAUCUGGCCCCAAAGCAACACCAGGGGUGGCUCAUCCAGCCUUCUCGUUCACGCCGACCUACAUGUUUGCAAGAACAGCACACACCAUGAGCACUCACACAGCCAUGCAAGGGAACACGGGCGCUACCUCUGGCCUGUUAUCCACAACACACCUCCCCAGGAAACCACAAGCCAUGCACACGGGCUUCCCGAACCCCACCAACCCAGACCUGCCCAGGGUGUCCACCACUCGCCCGCUGACCAUCACAGCAGCCUUGACGUCCAUCACCGCGCCAGUGAGGGCCACCCGGAUGCCGCCUUCAUCAGCAGAAAACACGGAUGCCGCUCUUCCCGCUGUGUCCACUGCCGUGGUCACAGCUGGCAAGACGGCGUCCAACCUGGAGUGUCAGAUGUCCAGUAAGCUCCUGGUGAAGACAGUUCUCUUUCUGACCCAAAGGAGGAUGCAGAUCAGUGAGACCUUGAAGCUCAAUAUAGCCAAAGGGCUCACACAGGCCUUGCGGAAGGCCUUCCACCAGAAUGACGUCUUGGCUCACGUGGACCUCCUGGAACAUUCUCACAACAUCACUGUUGGUUAUUACGCUACCAAAGGGAGGCUGGUCUACUUGCCUUCCGCAGUGAGUGAAAUGCUGGGUGUUUAUGGGAUCAGCAACGUCACUGCGGAUAUGAAGCAGCACACGCCAAACUUGCAGUCUGUGGCUGUACUUGCCUCCCCGUGGAUUCCCCAGCCUGCAGGCUACUUGCAGCUGAAAACAGUGCUACAGUUUGUGAGCCAGUCCGACAACAUACAGUCCUGCAAAUUUGCUCAGACCAUGGAACAGAGGCUACAGAGGGCCUUCCAGGAUGCUGAGAGGAAAGUUCUGAAUACUAAAAGCAACCUGACGGUUCAGAUGGUGAGCACGUCCAACGCCUCCCAGACAGUCACCUUGGUGUAUGUGGUGGCCAAUCGAAGCUCCUUCCUCAACGGCACUGUGGCCAGCAGCCUCCUCCGCCAGCUCUCCGCUGAGCUGGUGGGGUUCUACCUCACCUACCCACCGCUCACCAUCGCUGAACCGCUGGAAUACCCCAACCUUGAUAUAUCAGAAACAACGAGAGACUAUUGGGUAAUUACAGUGCUGCAGGGCGUGGACAACUCCCUGGUGGGCCUGCACAACCAGAGCUUCGCCCGGGUCAUGGAGCAGCGCCUGGCCCAGCUGUUCAUGAUGUCCCAGCAGCAAGGCCGGCGGUUUAAACGGGCUACCACUCUGGGAAGCUACACCGUACAGAUGGUAAAGAUGCAGCGGGUGCCGGGACCCAAGGACCCUGCGGAGCUGACUUACUACACCCUGUACAAUGGGAAGCCUCUGCUGGGGACUGCAGCUGCCAAGAUCCUGAGCACCAUUGACUCCCAAAGGAUGGCCUUGACUCUGCACCAUGUUGUUCUUCUGCAAGCUGACCCCGUGGUGAAGAACCCACCCAACAACCUGUGGAUCAUCGCUGCCGUGCUGGCGCCCAUCGCCGUGGUCACUGUCAUCAUCAUCAUCAUCACUGCCGUGCUCUGCCGCAAGAACAAGAACGACUUCAAGCCAGACACCAUGAUGAACCUGCCGCAGCGAGCAAAGCCUGUGCAGGGCUUUGAUUAUGCCAAGCAGCACCUGGGCCAGCAAGGGGCGGACGAGGAGGUCAUCCCGGUGACUCAGGAAACGGUGGUCCUUCCACUACCCGUUAGAGAUGCUCCUGCCUCUCAGGAAAGGGAUGCCCCUCAGGAUGGAAGCACCAUCAAGACGGCCAAAUCCAUCGAAACCAGAAAGAGCAGGUCGCCCAGUGAGAAUGGCUCUGUCAUCAGCAACGAAUCAGGGAAGCCCAGCUCGGGGAGGCGCUCACCCCAGAAUGUAAUGGCACAGCAGAAAGUGACAAAGGAGGAGGCUCGGAAGAGAAAUGUGCCGGCGAGUGAUGAAGAGGAAGGAGCGGUCCUUUUUGACAACUCUGGCAAGGUGGCUGUGGAUCCUUUUGACACGUCUUCUGGGUCUGUGCAUCUCAUCGGAAUAAAGCCCACAGCCCUCCCCGUGGUGCACCCUGCCUCGGACAGGAGCCAGGAGCCGGCUGUCCUCAAUGGCGAGGUGAACAAAGCCCUGAAGCAGAAGUCAGACAUCGAGCACUAUCGGAACAAGCUGCGCCUCAAAGCCAAGAGGAAGGGUUACUAUGACUUCCCCCCGGUGGAGGCUAGCAAGGCUCAGACAGAAAGGAAAAAGAUGUAUGAAAAAGCACCAAAGGAAAUUGAGCACGUCUUGGAUCCAGACCCAGAACUGUGUGCCCCAUUCACCGAGGCUAAAAACAGGCAACAGAUGAAGAACUCUGUCUACCGGAGCCGGCAAUCUCUGAACAGCCCGAGUCCAGGGGAAACAGAGAUGGACCUUCUGGUAACUCGGGAGCGACCCCGGCGUGGGAUACGUAACAGUGGAUACGAUACGGAGCCUGAGAUCAUAGAGGAAACGAACAUUGACAGAGUGAAUGAGCCCCGAGGCUACGGCCGGUCGAGGCAGGUGAAAGGCCACUCGGAGACCUCCACGCUGAGCUCGCAGCCCUCCAUCGAUGAGGUCCGGCAGCAGAUGCACAUGCUGCUAGAGGAGGCCUUCAGCCUGGCGUCGGCGGGCCACGCAGGCCAGGGCCGGCACCCGGAGGCCUACGGCUCCGCCCAGCACCUGCCCUACUCCGAGGUGGUGACCAGCGCUCCGGGCACCAUGACACGGCCCAGGGCUGGGGUGCAGUGGGUGCCGACCUACCGCCCAGAAGUGUACCAGUACAGUCUGCCCCGGCCGGCCUACAGGUUUUCCCAGCUUCCUGAAAUGGUCAUGGGCUCUCCCCCUCCACCUGUGCCUCCGCGGACGGGCCCUGUGGCUGUCGCUUCUCUCAGGCGGUCCACUUCGGACAUUGGCAGCAAGACUAGGAUGGGCGAGUCCGCGGGGCCCGAGCCCGCCCAGCUGCACGACAGCGCCUCCUUCGCGCAGGUGUCCCGAGGCCCCGUGUCCGUGGCGCAGUUGGAUCAGUCGGCUUUAAAUUACUCAGGUAAUACGGUGCCAGCAGUGUUCGCCAUCCCAGCUGCCAACAGACCUGGUUUCACCGGCUACUUCAUCCCGACGCCCCCCUCGUCCUACAGGAACCAGGCCUGGAUGUCCUACGCCGGAGAGAACGAGCUCCCCAGCCAGUGGGCUGAUUCGGUCCCCCUCCCGGGGUACAUCGAGGCUUACCCCCGAUCCCGGUAUCAGCAGAACUCACCCUCCAGGCUCCCGCGUCAGUACAGCCAGCCGGCCGGGCUGCACCCCAGCUUAGAGCAGGCCCCGGCGCCCUCCACAGCAGCCUCACAGCAGAGCCUGGCGGACAACGACCCAUCCGACGCCCCCCUCACCAACAUUUCCACGGCGGCCCUGGUGAAAGCCAUCCGGGAAGAGGUGGCCAAGCUCGCCAAGAAACAGACAGACAUGUUCGAGUUCCAGGUCUAAUGCCUUCACCUCUUGAGACUUCCAGACUCUGAGGAAGCAGGCUUUGGGUUUUUCCAGGCGUGGUGGGACUGGAGACAUGAGACGAUGCGGGAGUCUUUCUCACCCUCAGUUUCUGAAAAGGUGAACAGAGGGGCUUCUGGGGAACAGGAAACUCUUGAACAACGGGAUGCUUGGCCUAUUCAACUGAUUGUAUGUCAACAAGUCCGCAUGUGGGACCAUAUGUUUGAUACUCUGUUAAUUAACUGUUUGAGCUGUGGGUGUAUUCCCUCCCCAAUGGAGCCUUAGUCACAAGAGAGGAGACGCUUGCUAAUCUGCAGAUUCCUGUCCAGUACCACAUUUUAACAGGUCACCAGAAGGGGGAGAGCACAGCUCUAUCUUCAGUGACCUCUGCAUGUUAACUGUUUCUGUGUUAAAGGCAAUGCAGGCGUGUGAUGAAGCCCCAGACUGUUCUCUGAUUCAGCCAGAAUUGUAAUUAUCCAGUCACCUCCAGUCUCCAAGGGAGACACUGACUCCAGCCAAGAAACUUGAGUCCUUUUCUUUUAAAGGUUCAUAUUCAAAGUCAAAUAAAUUGGGUGAAAAUCAGGACUGUCAAUGACUGCACCUAUACAUAGUCCUGACUCUUCCCCCCCGCCCUGCCCCCAAUUAAUUCAACAAAGGCCAAGAAAGAGAGAAGAUAAGAGGGAAUGGUGGAUUCGUGUUGACAGGUUCUUUGAAAAGGUGUUGUCAUGUUGGAAACAGAGUAUUCUGCAAGUUGGGCUCUAGCUGGAAGAGCAUCGGUGCUAAGAGCUUUUAGGAUCCUACAAAAGAAAAACAAGUUUCCUUUGCCCUGCAGUGAAGGUAGCCUGAGAGCAGAGCUUCUCUCUUUUUGUGGGGACAAUAGAUACAUCGACUUUUACAAGGAAAUCUCUGUCUCUUCAACAAUGAUGUCCAGCAUGUGCUGCCCAGUGAUACAAAAGGAAAUAGUCGUCGACGCCUAUUGGAAGCAGGAAUAGUGAACCCAGUCUCCCCAGGCUGCAGCCUCUGUUUAUAGAAGCUUCUGAAUGUAGAAAAUCUGUUGAUUUACGUUCAAAUGUAAAUAACAUUUUUAAAGGUGUAUGGAGUUAGCCAGUCCCCUCCCAUACCUGUCCCCAUAGUUAAUAGACAUAGGAGGACAUUUGCUGCAAUGGUGGGCUUCGGACCUCGUGACCAUGGUGUUGUAAGUUAGGCUUCCUGGCAUGGUAGGUCAGCCUCCAGAGCUCUGGGUGAACAUUGCCUUGCAGCCCAGAGGCCCCAGCUGCUGACUGUCAAUGCUGACUUCAGGUCCCCCUGGUUCCAUCACCAACUUUGGGAGCUAUGCUCAAUGUCAAGGGCUUUCAUGGGGUCCGUUGGGGAAUGAGGUCCUCUCCUGCCUUCACCCACGAUCCAUCUAGCUUCAGCUUGUAUUCAUCUCCUCUGAGCCCAUCUUUCCAUUCUCCUCAUGAGUUUCUUUGGUCUUUAUUGAGAGAAGAAGGUGGAAAUUUUCAAAUUGAGAGAAGAGUAGGAAUGGAACUGAUUAGAGUGAGAGAAUCAAACUGUCAAAGCACAGACUUUUCAAAGAAGCUGUUUUUAUUUCUCAAUGGCAAAUUGCCCUUUCUGCAAUGUUCUGGAGAUGAUGUGUCAUGGAUCCCCCAAACCAGUCUCUUGUUUGGAUGAUAUUAGGUAGCGUCCUUUUGGUAUGCUGGUUGAUCUUUCAUAGUGUUAGUUUUUUGUUACUUAAAAAAAAAUCAGCUAUAAAUAAAAUGUAUUUUUGUAAUUUCCAUGUGUAUAUAUGGUAUAUUUCUACCAAUGGCCAGUUGUUGUAACCCAAAACCUAAGUCAGUUUGCAAACACUGUGGACAGUGCAAGAUUUUAUUGACAGAUUAACACAAUACCUAAGUCUAUCCAAAUAGGUAUUCAGUGCACUUGAAUGAACAAAGAGCCAAAGAAACUCAGCCUUUUCAUGCAAAUGGUAUGAGUCUGAUAAAGUCAGCUACAUUGUCCCGCCUUAUCAAUGAUCUUACUAUCUCAUCAGUGCAAUGAUAUCAACCCAGUACUUUGUCUACUUGGUAAAUGCUUGGAAAUACUGUAUGUGAAAAUGAAGUUUCAAGACCUUAGUGUAAUUUAAAUAUAUACACAUGCUUCCAAGACAGUGUCUACACUUUGGAUGUCCCAGUGACUCACAGAGGAAGAGCUCACAGGGUGCAGUGGUCUGGCUUCAGUUGGCUAAAAGAAUGCCAAAAAAUCAUGGCGAGCUGUGCAGAGUCCCCUGAGAUUAUGAGUCAGUCAGUGGAGAUGACUUCAAAUAUGGCAUGCUAAGUCAGACACUCUCUUAAACUAGACACCACAGGUUUAAGAGCAGUAUAUGGGAGGAAAAGCUUAAGUUGAGAAAUCAGUGUGUCCAUGUUGUCCCGCCAAUGCAAAGAUGGCCGCCAUUGUUUGAUGUCCUGUGACUAAGAUGGGGGUCCCUUUUCUGAAGAGUCUCCUGACCCUCAGGAGAUGAUAGAUACCUGGACGGCUGGCCCUGAGACAAGGCAGGUGUUCAGAAGCUCCAUAAGAGCCCAGAGACUCUGUGUUCCUCAUGACCCUCCAGACAGUUGAAGAAGCCUUGAAGAACCAGAGGACGGUUGGUGACGUCCGAGAGGGAAGCCAACGUUCGGAGAAGUGGAGUGACCUGCCCAGGCCUUCAGCCCCAGCCCACUUACUCGUGAUCGGGCUUGCUUUCCAUUUCACCAUGCUGCCUGAACGCUUGUCUGUGAUGCGUUUCUUGAAUUGUGCUAGGAAGUUUAAAAAGUAGACAAGGGUUAUGUGAGGGACUCCCUACAUUCUUGCAAAGGAAAAAGAUGAUUGAAUACAGUGUAUAGAGGACAAUGCAUUUGUGGCAUAAUAAACAUUUUUUGGAACUAG